AUGCCGGUGGAAGAAAGGCUUCUACGUGUACAUGAGGGGGUUUCUUCGGAAGACAAGCUGCUGGAGAUGGCCGACGAUGCAGUGCCACUGACGAAUGGGGAGAGGAGCCGGAGAAUUCGGCGCUUUAUGGAGCGUCAAGAACAGUCGGCUGAGGCUAGACUGGCUCGGGCAGAGAUGAGAGAGCGAGCAGUGCUUGAUGCUGAAUGCACGUUCAAGCCGUCGGUCAAUCCUGUGUCAGAAGCACUAACAUCAGGCAUGUACAUAGCACGCCGUCGUGUGGGAGGUGCUUUAGGCCUAGUUAGGAAACGGCAAGAGUGGUUACGGGCUAGAGGUCCUCCUGAAUGCACAUUCCGGCCGGAGUUGAACUCCAAGUCGCGUGAGCUGAUCGCUAUCAAGGGCAAUGAGGACGAUAGAGAGAUUCAUGAGCGACUAUAUGAAGAUGCUAGCAGAAUCAGGAACGAACGGGAGAAGACAGAGAAAGAACAGGAGCAACAGCCUCCAGGGGCGACUCGAGAGCAUCCGAGCAACUCAUAUGGUCAUGUGAAGAGCCAUUACAACUUCGCCGAGCCAUCUCGGCUCAUGAGUGAUAUCACGAGGGAGCAGCAGCGACGGAGGCACAGAGUUGAGGAGUUGCGACGGAGACAAGAAUCGGAUGAACUGAAGGAGUGCACCUUUACUCCGAGGAGAGCCGCCGAUACUGGGGAGCCCAGCAUACGGAGAAACGAUAACAUGCAAAGCACCUCAACGAUGAGCUCGUGCUCUGCUAUACCACCGGGGCCUAUCCUCAUCAGCGGCUACGACAGGUUCAUGGCGAACCGUCGGAUGGCAGUAGAAGCCCGCAGUAGGGAUAGACAGAAGCGAGAAGCAUCAACGAUGCGGACCCAGUCGCAGCCCACGGAGUGGCUUCCAACACUGACGGUGCCUCAGCCAUUUCAGUUCAGUGCCACAAGCCGAUCGCGGCGAGUAGUACCAAAUGAUGAAUACAGCUUCCAGCCCGCUACCAACGAGUCCCGUCGACGUGCUGCACUCCGAACCGCACUUGGAGAGGAGGAGUUCUCGAGAUUCAUGGCUGAGCUCGACUACGAUGAUUCAGUCGCUGACUCUCACUAUUGCGAUGUAGCUUAUUGUGGCUGUGAGCAACGCAUCCAAUUCACGUGUCCUAUCGAGGCCCCUUUGCUUCCUGAAUGCUCCCACUGGGCGGCAACACAGUCUGAAGAUGCAACACUCGAAUUCGGCAUCGAUACUCUCGCACUUGCCUACAAUAAGUGCUGUAACGGUGGCCUCUCUGAGUACGGCCAUUUGCUUGGUGGUGGCGCUAUCACAUGUAUGCCAGCAUGCAAGAAGAUGGGUAGCACCAGAGUACCAGUGUGCUGCAUCCUAGCAAGAGGUGGAGGCCUCAGAGUAACUCUUUGCUCGCUAUUGGAGCUUCUCAGAUAUGCCCUCGCACUGAUACUAAAACCGUUAUCAUCGGUAGCAGUGUUACUCUGUCACGCCUUUGGAGUGUACACUGAGGACACAUUGGAGAGCAGAGUGGCCUUCCUCACUAUAACAGCGAUCGAUAUAAUGCAGCAAGAGGAUUUCUAA